AUGGGAAUUGAGCCUUAUAGUGACUGCAAAAAUAGGUGCCUCAUGGAAAACUCCUGUGUGUCCGUAAACAUUGGUCCACCUGACAAGAAUGGCCUAAGGGUGUGUCAACUGAGUGAUUCUGAUCACACCCAACAUCCUGAUGACCUUAAACCCCAAGAAGGAUAUUUGUAUUGGGCUUCAAAGAAUACGUGCUCCAGCAAGCCUUGUCCUCAAAAUAUGACCUGCGUUAAUGGGUUUACCAACAAGAGAUACAUUUGCUUAAUGUGUAAAGUUGGUUUCAUGGGAGAAAGAUGUGAACAAGAAUUCCAAGCCGUUUUUACAAAUCUCAAUGCCACUGGAAGAUAUGGUCCAACGACGCUGGGCAGUCACUACACAGGUCAGGACCAUGACGGACAAGUUACACUGUCCAGCGGUAUUCAACAAUGGACUGUGCCGUACACUGGUGACUACAGAAUAGAAGCCAUCGGAGCAGCAGGAGGAUACGAUCCAACUCCCAACAGUGCUCAGUACCGAGGAAGAGGAGCAAUUAUGAUCGGAACAUUUCGCCUAAACAAGGGUGAAGUCAUACAAAUAAUUGUUGGUCAAGAAGGAGGAAUAAACAAGCUGAGGUGGUCCUCUGGAGGUGGUGGAGGUACAUUUGUAGUGAGAGGAGCCAAUGCACCUUUGAUUAUAGCUGGAGGCGGGGGAGGUUUACAAAGUGUUAAAUCAAGACAUGGAGGAUGUGACGCCAGCACACAAACAACAGGGAAUCCUGGAUACCAAUCAUGGUCAGGGGGAAGCAAUGGACAUGGUGCACAGACGGCUGGUGAUGGCGUUUCAGGUGGAGGUGGUGGCGGCUUUUGUUCAAGUGGAAGAAGUGGAGCGUAUUUCAAUGGAACCGUGGGAGAGGGUGGAGAGGGUGGUAAGGGAUUUCUUCAGGGAGGGGUGGGUGGGAGAGCCCGUUACAACGAUGUCACUGGUGGGUUUGGGGGAGGAGGUGGGGCUUGGGGAUGGUCAGGGGGGGGAGGAGGAGGAGGAGGGUACUCUGGGGGAGGUAGUGGUAAAGACCUAGGUAAUUCCUGUGGCGGUGGAGGUGGGUCGUUCAAUGCUGGAAACAACCAACAUAAUGAUUGUUGUUACAACUCUGCAGGUCAUGGUCAGGUGACGAUAAUAUUACAGUAG